AUGGCUGAAGAUAGCCCGUUGGAUGGGAUCCUUCCGGAGACGGAAAGCGACAGCAAUUGCGAUGAUGCCAUUGAUUGGUGGUCGAUCCUCUCGGACAAGACGUUCUUGGAAAAUCCAUAUUCGGAACUUCGCCGCUUGCAGGCCAAAGGUCCAGUGCAUUUUGAUCGGAAGAACGGCAUAUAUUUCGUACUCGGUCACAAGGCGUUCGCGCGUGUUUCGAAAUCCUCGGCUAUGGGGCGCGACACGCGGAACUGGACCGGAGGUUGGAACUCCGAGGAUUACCGGCAACAUGACCCGGUCGGCUACAUGCUGUUCAGUGAAUUUCAGCCCCAGAUGAUCAAUUCCGACGGGGAAGAACACAAGCGCAUGCGCAAGGUCUAUGAACCGGCGUUUCGAGCGCAGGCCAUGUCCCGGCUGGAACCGUUGAUUGCUGAUCAGGCAUCCAGGCUGUUGGCAGCAAUGCCUGACAAGGGAGAAAUUGAUUUCAUCGAGGCAUUUGCGGCCCCUCUGCCGCUUCGUGUGCUGUGCGAGCUUUUUGAUAUUCCGGAAAGCCUUGAUGACACGAUCAGCCGCUGGAGCGCGUCUCUUAUCCGGAUCGGAGAUAUCCUGAUGACACCGGAACAGAAAUCGGAGGCGAUGGAAGCUCUGGCGGAGUUCAAGGAUUUUCUGCGUCAGCAGAUCAAGGAGCGGGAAAACAACAACGAAGACAAUCUUAUGGGCCUUGCCAUUCAGGCACAAAAGAACGGUACGCUUGAUGAGGAGGAAACUCUGACCAAUCUGGUGUCUAUGCUGGUGGCUGGGCACGAAACCACAGUGACUUUGAUCGGCAAUGGCAUGCUGCUCCUCUUGUCCAAUCCGGACGAAUUGGCCAGAUUGCGAUCAGAUCCCGGAUUGACAAGAACCGCGAUCGAGGAGUUUUUGCGCAUGGAACCGGGGGGGAACAUGAUCUUGCGGGUCGCGCGCGAGGAUUUCGACGUCGAAGGAGUGACCAUCCCGAAGGGCGCGCCGGUCAUCGGGUUGAUCGGUGCAAUCAACAGGGAUCCGGGCCGCUUUGAAAACGCGGACGCGCUUGAUAUUGCCCGCCCGGCGAAUGCACAGUUCACUUUUGGCGGAGGGGCGCAUUUCUGCAUCGGCGCACCAUUGGCCCGGCUGGAAGCACAGAUCGCCUUUUCCAGGUUCUUGGAAAAAUAUCCACAGAUUGAGCUGGCCGGAGAACCGGAGUGGCGGCUGGACCGGAUGAAUGCGCGCGGCCUGGGCCGCUUGCCGGUCAAAGUAAAAGCCGCGGCAUGA